AUGCGCAUGCGAGUGCGAGGUCCUUCGGGACAGUCAACAGUGACAUUGGAUGAGACCGCCACCGUGCAAGAUCUUAGGACACAGAUCGCAGAGAGCACUGGUCUAAUCUCUUUCGACGUGAAAUAUGGAUACCCAAAUCUCAAACCGCUAGCCUUAGACCAAUUUGAGUCACACCAGAAGAUUGUCGAUCUCGGAGUCAACUUGAACGGCGAACAGCUGAUUGUUGCCCAAAGAGAAGGAGCUAUCCAGCCAAACGUUCAGCCCAAAGAACCGGCUCGUGCCACUCAACAGUCGUGGCAACAACCCUCAACAGCCUCAACAGCCUCAACAUCCCGAAAAUCAGAGCCAUCUCCUGAUGAUCCACCAGAAAUUGCCUCACCUGAACAUAAUGGCACAUUCGUACUUCGUGUUAUGCCUGACGACAACUCAUGUCUCUUCCGUGCUGUCGGCGCCGCAGUGAUGGGUGAAAUGGAUACAAUGGUUGAGUUGCGGUCGAUUGUCGCGGGAUCUAUCCAGUCAAAUCCAGAAGAAUAUUCUACAGCUAUAUUGGGCAAGAAGCCAGACGAGUAUUGUCGAUGGAUUCAGAACGAAGACUCAUGGGGUGGCGCGAUCGAACUUAAGAUCCUGAGCGAAUACUUCAAUAUCGAAAUUUGUUCUAUCGAUGUACAAACACUGCACAUGUUCCAGUUCAACGAAGGUGCACCGAAUCGUUGCAUUGUUGUUUAUUCGGGCAUUCAUUAUGAUGUUUUGGCCCUCUCCCCAUCUAAUCCGUUUUACGCUGGCGCCAACCCACUCCCACAUGACGACAUCAAGACUUUCGAUGCAGUUGACCCCGUUGUGUUGGAAAAGGCAAGAGAGCUUUGCCAGGUCCUGCAAAGCAGACAUUACUACACUGAUACCGCAGGCUUCUCGGUACGCUGCAAUACAUGUGGAGGUACUUUUACCGGUGAAAAGGGAGCAACAAAGCAUGCUGCUGAGACUGGGCACUAUGACUUUGGGGAAGCCAGCUAG